CAUUGAGUUGUUGGUAUGAGAAUACAGAAAAAGUAGUAGCCCACAAACAGCAACUCGGAUAGAUCAAAACUUAGAGAAGACGAGAAGUCAACAACAUACAUAUUUGAAUAUGAUGAGAUACCAAAAUCUAAUGGUAGGAGAUGGCCUAUCCGAUCAUCAUCGCUACCCAUUUGCUUGCAAUGAACUGAUCUCCAUGAUAGAUCUUGGUUACUCUCGUUUACCCAAAGAUGUCAAAGCCUUCAUCUUCCAAGAUUGUCUCUCCGCUUUUCGUCUUCUUCCCGAGAUGAACACAACAGCUGCUGUUUCAGCCGCUAACCUUCUUGUGAAGAGCGUGGAAUCAGCAUUUCCAAAACAGAAGAAGAACUUAGCCAUUGUACAAUUUAAGCAAGCAAAAGUAGCACUUAAGAGACGAACUAAGAGCCAUGAGGAAAGUAGAGAUACACCUUCACUACCACAAGAUGUCCUUGUUUACAUUUUCAGUCUCCUUGAUGUAUCAUCCUUAAUUUCCUCAUCUCAAGUCUCUCGCUCAUGGAACCUAGCAACGCAUGAAGGCUCUCUGUGGCGAUCACUUUUUAAUCUUCACUUCAGUCACGACGUCUUGACUCAUAUUCAUCCCGGUUUUGACUGGAGAGAAGCCUUUAAGAACGAAUGCAUUGUGUAUAAUUUAUCAAAGAUGUUAAGAUCUGGUCGCGGAUAUUGCAGUUACUGUGACACCCUUGUUUGGCAUGACAACUUUAGAUGUCCGAAGAAACAAUGUCAGUUUGAAUCAGGCAAGGAGCAACUGGACCCCAUUUUAACUCACCAGGUUGUUAACUAUUUACUGGGGAUAACUAGCUAGUCUGAUGAAAGUAAUUUGGACGAAAGUGAUUCAGUGGACAGUGGUUCGACUGAGAGUGACUCGGUCGAAAGUGAUUCGGACGAUGGGGACGGUCCUGGACUAUGGGCUAAUCCUAAGAAACACACAGAAAGGAUUCCUACUCCAUAGUUUCACAGCUUAACCCAAUAUGACAUGGUUAGGGGCUGGCUGAGCAAAAAAACCUUUAAUAAAUGAGAGGAUUCCUUUAUGUGUGUGAACUUUCUUACUCGUAUGCACAUUCAGAGUUAUCAACUUAGUACAGAACAGCAAAUGUUAGAGGAAUUGAAGAAGACGAUAAAAUGGAUAAAAUGAUUCUGUUAUUCUGUUACAGAGUGAAUGCUCUGUUUAUAUACAUACAUAAUGAACCGGUUUACUCGGUUAGAUGUUGGUUUA